AUGCCCCUUUCAUCGUCUUCAAUCUUUGCAAUGUCGCCGUCUCCUAGGAUAGCAUCGUCCAUCUCCCACAUCUCAGAUCAGAGUGCAGCUAGCUACAAACUUGAACUCGAGCAAGCUUCACGUCGCAAAGACACUUACAAUAUUGUCAUUUUUGGACAAACAGGCGCUGGUAAAAGUUCCUUGGUCAACUUGAUUACCAGGACGCAGGCAGUACCAACGUCCCUCGACGCUGAGGGAUGUACGACUCAAACUACUGUGUAUGAGCAUGGCGUUGUGGUUCAGAAUAGGACCUUAAAGGUGCAACUGUUCGAUACGGCCGGUCUCGGCGAGGGCCCUCAGGGAACGGUCCCCAAUCAUCAAGCUGAGAAUGCCUUGAAGAAACUCUUUCAAACUCUUGAGAAGAUCCACAUCCUCAUGUACUGUGUGCAGGGCGCAAAGAAUGUCUCAGCACUCCGACGCAACUACGAAUUAUUGUCCAAGUUCAAGGGAAAUGUUCCCAUCGUCCUUGUCGUCACAGGACUAGAACGCCGAGAACCGGAUAUGGAAGAUUGGUGGAGGAGUAACGAGAGAUCCCUCUCAGACCUCGGGAUGGACUUUGCUGGCCAUGCGUGUAUUACUGCGUUAACCGUUAAUCAAGGCGAUACAAGUAAGGUCAAGCAGCGCCGCGAACAGUCAUACCACGCCCUCUGCAACCUUAUCGCACAAUGUUGUCCGAUAAAGAAGAUCGUACUCUUUGGAGCGAGUGGAGUAGGCAAAAGCUCCAUCCUGAACCUUAUAGCGGGAGAGGGGGUAGCAAAGACAUCUCUUGGUGCGAGAAGCUGCACGCUCCAUUGGCAAGACUAUGCCAUCGACUUUGAUGGGGAGUCGUAUAAGGUUUUCGAUACCGUUGGACUCGAGGAACCGCAGCUUAAAAUCGAUGACUACCUCAACUCAGUCGAAAACGCCUACACGCUGGUCAGGGAAUUGGAUAAGCAAGGCGGUAUUGAUCUGCUUCUAUUCUGCAUGCGUGCCGGCAGAGUGAGCGCUACUCUUCAGAGCAAUUACCGGCUCUUUUACGAAUUCCUCUGCGAGAAGAAAGUUCCCAUUGUCCUUGCGAUCACACACCUCGAAAACCAGGAGAGGAUGGAGGACUGGUGGGAUCAAGAACACAAAACCAUCCAACAAUAUCGGAUCGAUGUUGCCGGUCACGCGUGCAUCACUGCCGCCGAUAAACUGGAAGGCAGAUGCAAAAUUCUUUAUGAACAAUCGCAAGUCACGAUCCGCGAACUUGUCAAGAAUCAUGUUGCUGAUAGGCAGAAGCAAGUAUGGAUGGGAGGGGACAACCUAUUCGUCUCGUUCAUGCGCAAGCUCAAGGUGCUACUUGCAGUGAAUUCGCACGUGAAAAGCAAGGAUCUUGUUCCUCAUCUCACGAAGCGUUGUGGGAUAUCUAAAGAAGCUGCAAAACGGUUGGCUAAUAUGAUCAAGGAAAAAUAA